AUGGAACCUCCAAUUGUUUAUUAUCCUCGUUCGGAAUAUAUUGAAACUGAUACAGGCAACAAAGUGAGCCGUAAGUCUGUAAUUUGUGGGAGUCAAAAUAUUAUUCUUGGGGGAAAGACCAUAAUUCAGACUGACUGUGUAAUUCGUGGUGAUUUGAGACGUACUGGUGGUGGUCACGCAGUAGUCGUAGCUAUCGGAAGAUACUGUCUUUUGGCAAAAGGGUGUAUUAUUAGACCUCCGUACAAAACCUACAAAGGGUAUGAAAAUUUUUAUCUCUCUAAUUUAGUGUAA